GCCCCCUUUCGGCGGGACGGGAGAGGUGCAGAGGCGAGGCCCGUCCCGGGCGCCAUGGAGGUGGAGGAGGCGUUUCGCACGGUGGGCGAGAUGGGCGUCUAUCAGAUGUACCUGUGCUUCCUGCUGGCCGUGCUGCUGCAGCUGUACGUGGCCACGGAAGCCAUCCUCGUCGCCCUGGUGGGCGCCACCCCUCCGUACCGCUGGGACCUGGCCGGGCUCGUGGCCAACCAGAGCCUCGCCAACCGGUCCGCCGGACAGGACCGGGCCUUCGGCGAUUGGUUCCUGGGGGCCAACGGCAGCGAGAUCCGCAGGCUCGUCCACUUCACCGGCAGCUUCACCUCCAUCGCCUCUGAGUGGUACCUGAUCGCCGACCGAUCGUACAAGGUCAGCGCGGCCAGCUCGUGUUUCUUCAGCGGCGUGUUUGUGGGCGUGCUGACCUUCGGCCAGCUCUCGGACCGCUACGGCAGGAAGAAGGUUUUCCUCACAGGUUUCGCCUUGGACCUGGUGUGCGCCCUGGGCAGCGGGCUGGCCCCCUCCUACGAGCUCUUCGCCCUGUCGCGCUUCCUCGUGGGGGUCACGAACGGCGGGAUGUCACUCGUCGCCUUCGUCCUGCUCAACGAGUGCGUGGGCGCUGCCUACUGGGCCCUGGCAGGCUCCGUGGGCGGCCUGUUUUUCGCGGUGGGGAUCGCCCAGUACGCGCUGUUGGGGUACUUCGUCCGCUCCUGGAGAACCCUGGCCGCCGUGGUCAACCUGCAGGGGACCGCGGUCUUCCUCCUGUCUCUGUUCAUCCCCGAAUCCCCCCGCUGGCUGUACGCGCAGGGCCGGCUGAGCGAAGCGGAGGACGUCCUCUACCUGAUCGCCCGGAGGAACCGCGCCCCGAAAUGCACCUUUUCCCUGACGCUCCCGGAAGACCGCGGUCCCAGGGAAUCGGCCGGCUUCCUCGACCUCUUCCGCUCCAGGGUCCUCCUGGGACACACGCUCGUCAUGGUCGUCGUCUGGUUCGUGUGCAGCCUGGUGUACUACAGCCUGACCCUCAGCGUGGGAGACCUCGGCGGGAGCGUCUAUGCCAACCUGGCCCUCUCCGGCCUGGUGGAGAUCCCCUCCUACCCCAUCUGCGUCUACCUGAUCAACCAGAAAUGGUGCGGCCGCAGGCGGACGUUGGCGGCGUUCCUGUGCGGCGGGGGCCUGGCCUGCCUCGUCGUCGUGUUCCUUCCUGAGAAGAGAGACACGGGGCCGCUGGCGGUGGUCAACGGCCGCUCCCUGUCCCUGGUGGGGAAGCUGACCGUCAGCGCGGCGUUCAACGUCGCGUACGUCUACACCGCCGAGCUCUACCCCACCGUCAUCAGGAAUGUCGGGCUGGGCACCUGCUCCAUGUUCUCCAGAGUCGGGGGGGUGAUUGCCCCCUUCGUCCCCUCACUGAAACGAGUGCAGUGGUCCCUGCCCUUCCUGGUGUUCGGGGUGACGGGCCUGGCCUCGGGGGCGCUGAGCCUGCUGCUGCCCGAGACGCUGCACCGCCCCCCGCUAGAGACCCUGGCCGACCUCCGCGGAGGGGCCUGCCGGAGGCCGGGCGCCGGGGCCCUGGCCCUGCGCGACCCGGAGGACGCCCAGGGGACCCCCGACGGGAGCGAGAGCGAGGACGAAUUCUACGACGCCGACGAGGAGACCCAGAUGAUCAAGUGAGGACCGGCCCCGCGCCCCGAAGACCCCCCCCCCGUCCCCCUCACCGGGAUCGGCCGGCCGACCACCCUCCACGCCCCGGGUGCCGCCGGAGAGCGGGAGGGGACUCCGGGCACGGUGCUCCGGGAGCGGGCCCGCGGGGACGAAGCCGUGAUUCGCCCUCGGCCCCGGGGCCCAGCUUGGGGAAGCAUCCGCGGCGGAGAGGCGGAGGCCUGAAUCGUCUCGGUCGGCUGGAGACGAGCCGCGUUACCGAUGAUCCGACGGUCCCUUUCCCCUCCUCCCCGCUCCGGGCCCCGUCCGUCCGUGACCUCAGCGGGGCCGAGGGAGGACCGCCGGGCCGCGGGGGUGGGUUAUCCGCUGCUCUCGGUUAUCCGCGCCGCUUUCCCCUCGUCCCCUGCGGGAGUCUGGGGGGGAGGUGGCCGGCGGUCGGGAGCCGGGCCCGCGGCCUCCGGGGUCCGUGGCCCUCGACGGACUGGACGCUCAGAAGACGUCGGUCACUGAAGAAAGGGAGAGGGGUUUCCCGGCAGCGCCCGUCUGGGCAGGGCGGCUCCUCCUUCACGCCCCAGAAGCCGACGGCCCACACGCCGCCCGAGGCCCGGGAACCGUGGCCCCUCACCGCCGGCAGUGCGGCGACCCGUCGGGCUGAGGAGCCGGGCCGGGGGCUCGGGGGGGCAAGGAGGGGCAGGGCGGAGCGGCCGCGCAGCGGGAAAUGGUUCGCCGAUGCCCAGGGCUCUGCCCGCUGGGCACGUGCUUGACGGGACCGGCGUGUGACGGCCGCGGACAAUAAAAAGCCCGCACCCUCGGGAGGCCGAGAGAGUC